GAAAGCGUACGGGGGGGGGGACGUCUCGCAUCGGCACGCGCGCGUCGCGCAGACGGCAGAGAGCAGCUGCAGCGGCAAGACUGCGCAUUCACCGAAUACUCCUCGGUCACCCAAACACAGCUCCCGAAGCAACUUCAACAUGGUGGACCGCGAGCAGCUGGUUCAGAAAGCCAGACUGGCCGAGCAGGCUGAGAGAUACGACGAUAUGGCUGCUGCCAUGAAAUCGGUAACAGAGCUGAACGAGGCCCUUUCCAACGAGGAGAGGAACCUGCUCUCCGUGGCCUACAAGAACGUGGUGGGCGCGCGGCGCUCCUCCUGGCGCGUCAUCUCCAGCAUCGAGCAGAAGACCUCCGCCGACGGCAACGAGAAGAAAAUCGAGAUGGUCCGCGCUUACCGCGAGAAAAUCGAGAAGGAGCUGGAGGCCGUGUGCCAGGACGUGCUUAACCUCCUCGACAACUUCCUGAUCAAGAACUGCAGCGACACCCAGCACGAGAGCAAGGUCUUCUACCUGAAGAUGAAGGGCGACUACUACCGCUACCUGGCCGAGGUGGCCACGGGCGAAAAGAGAGCCACGGUGGUGGAGUCUUCUGAGAAGGCCUACAGCGAGGCCCACGAGAUCAGCAAGGAGCACAUGCAGCCUACGCACCCCAUCCGCCUGGGCCUGGCGCUCAACUACUCCGUCUUCUACUACGAGAUCCAGAACGCACCCGAGCAGGCCUGCCACCUGGCCAAGACGGCCUUCGACGACGCCAUCGCCGAACUGGACACCCUCAACGAGGACUCCUACAAAGACUCCACGCUCAUCAUGCAGCUCCUGCGAGACAACUUGACGCUCUGGACGAGCGACCAACAAGACGACGAGGGAGGCGAAGGCAACAACUAGGCGCAUUAUAAAGAGAAGAUCUUUGAGACCCUUUUCCUCUCAGCCGUAACAUAAAACACGCGUGCUCACACAACCAAGAAAAACAAAAAAAAGUAUAAGUUACAUGAAAAAUUCACAACGGGGGGCAUGAUGGAACUGUGUCGGCCACGUUUGCUGAUAGCAAGGCAGCGCAGUUUACUUUAUUUUCCACUAAAUUGCAAUCGAGAGAAAUACGCUAGUUACGAAGAAUGGCAAACGAUUAAAAAAAACAAACAAAACAAUUAAGAAGUAGCUUAAAAAGAAUAAAUUAAACCUCUCUUUCGGGGACGUUUACGCAACACUUUUGAGGAAAAAGCUUGUCGGUUGUCGGCCGUUGCUAAACGGCCGAAGGGUUACGCUAAACCCCCUGGCAUAGGGACUGUUCGAAGCGGAGCUGCUUAUGUUAAUUUACAUUGUGAGUAAAGAGUGCUCUAAAGCGUCAGAGGUGGGCUUAAAUGACAAAAAAAUCUUGAAUGUUAUCGCCUCGCAAAGGUAGGCUGCACUGGGCGUAAACGGUCGUGUUUCUGUCUGAUAUAUAUGUUCGUAGGGAUUCUGGAUCGCACCCACUAAUGUUUGAAAGUCGUUUACGUCGAACUGGUUAUCUGUGCCAUUUAUGAUCCACAUCGUUAGUAUGCAUCUCACCUCGGAACCACACCAAACUGCUGUAUUACAGUAACGUUGAUUAGGCGUGCAAAAAUAACGCACAGUUAUGACUUCCCUGGUACGUGUAUGGCCUUUUCAGUCCAAAGCUUAAACCGUUUUCCGAUCGUUAUUAUUAUCAUUAUUAUCGUGGAUGGCGUUUCAGAAAUCGUCGAGCCUGACCCCGCGGCGUACGAGAAAAGCGAGACUUGAUUUUAAUGCACUGAAGAACAGUUCUAGGUAUUAUAGAUUAAAUAAUCGAAUUAUGGUACGGGCGAAAACGUUAAAAUAAGUGGGGAAAAAAACUAAAGUAAUGCCUAAUCACGUGGUUUGAUACACUCAAUUAAUAUUACUGGUACCAUAGACUAUUUUUAGUUUUUUUCACUUAAUUUAUUUCUACAGUGCACUGGCAUAAAAUAGCUUUUGUUCUUUUUUUCUUUGAAUUCUCAUGAAAUGCACUUGCCUAUUAUACUGUUUCUCAGUGUAGGACGAUACAGCUCCAAUAUUCUUGAUAAUACAAUAUUGUGCAUGCUGGUGAUGUAUUUAUAUACCAUAGCUCGACUUUAUUAACUUUAAAAUCUGUAGAUGUUACGUAUUCAUAUGAGCAAGAAAUGACAAGAAUUUUUUUUUUUUUGUAUUUAUUACUUUCUAUCGGAUCGUUUCGAUCUCUUUACGAUUUAUUUUUUCCUACAUCUUUUUCCUCGCUGAAGUACGCUAUACCAAAACAGUGCGUGUUUACCAUGAAAUAAUCUGUAAUGGAUGUUGCUCUAGUGACAUGCGAUUCUUGUAUUUGGUUUGUAAUAAACACAAAAAAAGGAAGCGAAAAGACAAAAAAAAAAAAAAAAAAGAGAAGACACCAGGUGUGGUGUUCGGUCACGGUAAAUUAUGAUUACAUUGUGAAGAUGUUGUUCUCGAAAUGACUUUUCCUUUUCUGUGCUUUCUUCUGUCAGAUUCUACUGUGAGAUAUUUAAGAUUUGCUGUAAUAUCAGUGUUUGUUUUCCUCCGAAUCUGUUUCUGUAUGGGACUCGCUCAUGGAACAUGACCUAUUCUUAUGAUUUCGGUUUUCUUUCUUUUCCCUCGUCUACUGGUAUCUUAAAUGUGAGUCAUGUAGCGGUUGCACAAAAGAAACGUAAUGAUAAUAAUAAUGAUAAUUAAAAAAAUAAAACAUGACUGUGCUCUUCUAACCACCA